CGAGAUCUCACUCCACAGGCUUUAGGUGGAUGCCAGGAGUCGGGGGCGCGCACCGAGCUGCUCGCGCGUGAACGAGCCUGUUCACCUGACCACUGCGGGGGGAUUGAGCCCGCUGGUUAUUUCCCAACCGGAACCGCCCAGAGUCCCCCCACCCCGAGCCGCCGAGCCCCCGAGCCGCUUCCCCCCGGACGAGGAUGGCGGAUGACGAGACGCUCGCAGAGGAUCCGAGGAUCGGGGACAGCGGCCUGGCGCCGCGGGACCACAGGCGGCUAACUCGGCUGUACUGCAUGAAUGGCGGACAUCACCUCCAGAUCCGGGCCGACGGGACGGUGCGGGGCCAGAGGGAUGGCGGCGACGCUCACACUGUGUUAAAGAUAAAGGCUGUGGACAGAGGCGUCGUGGUCGUCCAGGGAACAGAAGCCGGGCGCUACCUGGCAAUGAGCGACGAGGGCACUUUGUACAGUUCACCCUCGGUCACCGACGAAUGUUACUUCCUGGAGAAACUGGAGGAAAACCACUACAACACAUAUCAGCCUCAGAAAUAUCAGGACAGGAAGUGGUACGUGGGUCUGAAAAAGAACGGCGAACCCAAACUGGGUCCGAGGACUCACAUUGGACAGAAGGCCGUGUUCUUCCUGCCGCGCCGGCUCCACUCUGGGGAGUGAAGACGUAAAGUGAAGCGAAAGCUGCUCGAGGAUGCUUCUGUUUGAAAACAUAUUAAAUGCUUCUGAGCCGGCUGAAGAGGUGGUAGAAGUGAGUCAAUGAGGUCAACUGGCUUCUUACAGCUGAUGCAUGUUCGUUAAGGCAAAGAGCCUCUGCAGGUCUGUGGAUGCUUUGUCCUUAUUUUAUUCAAUCUAUUUGGAUUGAGUGCAACUUGGGUCAGAAAAAUAAUAAGAGGUCGAUUUUAGAAAUAAACUUCAGUCAUGGAAAUAAAUAGUUUAACAUCUAAUUGCAUUCAUUAGGAAGUAAAUUUCCAGAUGUUAAUAAAGUUUGCUGGACAAUGAGGCCAGGAGAGGAAUGAGUAACUAAAACCUGGAAUCCAGAGCCACAUAAAGAAUCAUCGUGACCUAGAAAAAAUGUCAGAAAUGACACAUGAAACCCUGCUGCUCCAAAUGUGUUGGCUUAGUCACCAUCACACACAGUCUACGCUUCAUUCAAGAACUGGGUGAACUAAAAGCUUGAAAAUGCUGAAUAUUGCAGGGGAGAACUCAAGAGGAGUGAGUGAAAAUGUAGGAAUCUGCAGACCUGCACGUCACUAGUUCAGUAACAACAAUGACAAAUCGAGACAAGUCAGACGUGACGCAUUAAAGGUGACAUUUAUUUAACACUAAACAACUUCUGUACAGUUUCAUAACAACAAAACCCCAAGGUUUCAGCUCUACAUCACAGAAACAAGCACAAUGGGUCUGUAUCAAAGCCACGAUGAAGGAUGUGGUUAACUGAGUUUGCUGGACCACAUUAACAUUCAUAUUAACUCGUUCCAUUUAGGACUGUGAUUGGAUGGUGAAAUCUGCAGUAUGUUGACUUUACAUUGGAAAACUGAAACAAACUCAUUCCUUGUUUUAUCCGUUUAAUUGGUGAUGUGAACAUCUGGGUUUUUGGGGUUUCGAUUCUAAAAGUGCACCUGCAAAGAACAUUCUUUGAUAUAGUCGAUCGCUAUAU